GCCAUUUCCCGCACAAGGGAAGAAAAAAUAGAAGAAGCCAUAGUUCAAUAUUUGGGUGAAUUAUUGAACUGUGAUAAACGGUCACAAUGUCAAAACGACGUAUUGAUGUUGGAGAUGCGUAUUCAAGUAAACGACAAAGGGACACUGGAGAAAAUUCAGAGCGUCCGAAGACUGACAAGCCUAAGUCCAUUUUUGAAGAGUUCAACAUUCCUAGACCACAGCUUCAGUUAAACCCAUAUUCAGGGUUGCCGUACACCCCCAGGUAUUAUGAACUGUUGAGAAAGCGAAUGACCCUCCCUGUUUGGGAGUACAAAGAUAAGUUUGUGGAUACAGUCAAUAAUCAUCAGACACUGGUGCUAGUCGGUGAGACUGGUUCUGGUAAAACGACACAGAUCCCACAAUGGUGUUUGGAGUGGGUUAAGACAAAGUUUACCAAGAAAGGGGUAGCCUGUACCCAACCCCGUAGGGUGGCAGCCAUGUCUGUAGCUCAGAGAGUGUCAGAAGAAAUGGAUGUGGGGUUAGGACAGGAAGUGGGUUACAGUAUCCGAUUUGAAGAUUGCACUUCCUCAAAAACCAUCCUCAAAUAUAUGACAGAUGGUAUGUUGUUAAGAGAGGCCAUGUCCGAUCCUUUGCUGGAGGCAUAUGGUGUGGUGAUGUUGGAUGAAGCUCACGAGCGUACUCUAGCUACAGAUAUCCUCAUGGGGCUCCUGAAGGAGGUCGCCAAGCAGCGGUCAGACCUCAAAAUCAUAAUCAUGAGUGCCACAUUGGAUGCCGGCAAAUUCCAGAACUACUUCGAUCAUGCCCCUCUGAUGAGCGUGCCUGGUAGGACUCACCCCGUGGAGAUCUUUUACACACCUGAGCCAGAGCGAGACUACCUGGAGGCAGCUAUUAGGACAGUCAUACAAAUACACAUGUGUGAGGAGGGGGAGGGUGAUAUACUGCUCUUCCUCACUGGUCAAGAGGAGAUAGAUGAGGCCUGUAAAAGAAUUCAGAGGGAAGUAGAUAACUUGGGGCCUGAUGUAGGAGAUAUGAAGUGUAUACCUCUUUAUUCCACCUUACCGCCAAAUUUACAGCAGAGGAUCUUCGAGCCACCCCCUCCAAAGAAAGCUAACGGGGCUGUUGGCAGGAAGGUGGUGGUCUCUACCAACAUUGCAGAAACAUCACUAACAAUUGAUGGUGUUGUGUUUGUGAUUGAUCCAGGCUUUGCUAAACAAAAAGUAUACAACCCUCGUAUCAGAGUGGAAUCAUUGCUGGUGACAGCCAUCAGCAAGGCCAGUGCCCAGCAGAGGGCUGGCAGAGCUGGGCGUACACGGCCUGGCAAGUGUUUCCGUCUGUACACAGAGAAAGCCUACAAACAAGAGAUGCAGGAUAAUACCUACCCAGAGAUUCUCAGGUCCAACCUCGGCUCUGUGGUCCUACAGCUGAAGAAACUGGGUAUUGAUGAUCUCGUUCACUUUGACUUCAUGGACCCUCCAGCCCCCGAGACGUUGAUGAGGGCGCUGGAGCUGCUGAACUAUGUGGCUGCUCUUGAUGAUGAUGGAGAGCUGACUGAGCUGGGCUCCAUGAUGGCAGAGUUUCCAUUGGACCCGCAGUUAGCCAAGAUGGUCAUAGCCAGCUGUGACUUCAACUGCUCUAAUGAGAUCCUCUCCAUUACUGCCAUGCUGUCAGUCCCACAGUGUUUUGUCCGACCUACGGAAGCAAAGAAAGCAGCAGACGAGGCUAAGAUGAGGUUUGCACACAUUGACGGUGACCAUCUGACUCUACUGAAUGUCUACCACGCCUUCAAACAGAACCAUGAAGAUCCCCAGUGGUGCUAUGACAACUUUGUCAACUACCGAUCGCUGAAGAGUGCAGACAAUGUCCGACAGCAGCUGGCGCGUAUCAUGGACCGGUUCAACCUUCGGCGGUCCAGCACAGACUUCACUAGUAGAGACUACUACAUCAACAUUCGUAAAGCUUUGGUGUCUGGAUUCUUCAUGCAGAUUGCUCACCUUGAAAGGACUGGUCAUUACCUGACCGUGAAGGAUAACCAGGUUGUUCAGCUCCAUCCCUCCACAUGCCUUGACCACAAACCCGAGUGGGUCCUAUACAAUGAGUUUGUGCUGACCACCAAGAACUACAUCCGCACAGUCACAGACAUAAAACCAGAGUGGUUGAUUAAGAUAGCUCCCCAGUACUAUGACAUGGGAAACUUCCCGAUGUGCGAGGCCAGGAGACAGCUUGAGCGGAUCAUCGCCAAGUUUGAAACGAGACAGUACCAGGAGGGCUUCUGAUGAGCCAAGUGACCAGUUACAUGUAGUUAGGGAUAUGAACAUUUGCUUGUAGCAGACAUAUACAAACCACAUGCUAUUUUAUAGGACCAGAAACUGAGACUGAAAUGAGGCAGGGGAAAAUACCAGAUUUCCUUACAGUGACUUUGAAAUCCACAGAACUUGUGUAAAGUGUGUUAGUCUUGCAGAGUUUGUAAGUAGUGUACUACAGUUAAGCACUGACUACAUUUGUUGAUCACUGCUCUGUGUUACCACAGCUGAGCUUUUCUGCUUGGUGUUUUGGCCCUCUUGUAUGCAAUAUGCCUCUUAUUACCCAUACUGAAUUGUCAGGGUUAGUCUGAAAAGUGCUGUUGGUUCUUCGUUUAAGGACAGUCCAUGAUUCCUGAAAGCAACUUUUCCAUUCUCUGCCAGAUCAAACCAUCAGACCAUGCAUCCCUCCCAUCAUGUCACCAACUGUGGGUCGUGUGCAUCUUGCUGUGGGAGAUUCAAGAUAUUUUAUGGCGACCGAUGCAUUUAGUGACUGGAAUUUAUACGGAAUGACUAAACAUUACCUUACCUACAGUUAUACUAAAUUAUUCUCAUAUAUUUCAAAAAAAUGUGCCCAGUCAUUACCAGUGUAUAUUUUAGAAAAGUGAUUUGCAUGAAUUAGGAGUGAGCUUUGUGAAGUUUUGUGGAAUCUUUGUAUCUUGUUAGAUCAUGGAGGAGUGAAACUCCCAUGGCAAGCGCCCCUUGAAGCACUUCAGCAAUGGAUUAAAUAGGAGUCCUGUUAUAUUUAUUAACAAAAUGUGCAAUGGUGUAACACAAUAGCACUGUGUCUGUCAUACAUCUUUUUCAUGUCUGUGAAUACUUUGCUGGAAUAUUUGUACAAUCUUUGAUACAGUGUAGUUAAGUACAAUAUUGUUACACCUUUGUCAACCUGCAUGAUGUGGGCGGCUUGCGUCACAUACACACUGUACAUGCCUCUAUUUUCACAAUAAAUCUGGUGAUCUUGCAUAGGUGAUUGCCAUUCCAUCAUCAAAA